AAUAUGACACCAGCUCCUCUUUUGCCAACUCUGAGCCUGAGCUCUUUUCUCAAACGAUUCCGUCUUUGCUUUGCACAUUAACAUCAAAUAUCAAGCUGUUAAAAUAAUACAUCUGGCCUUUUAACACGUGGAUUUCGUGCAGUCACACAGAAUUCCCCAAAACAGCAAACCGGCUUGUGUUUAAUAUAGAAAGAAAAGAUUGAGACCCGUUUUUUUUUUUUUUUUUUUUUUUGGUGCUUUCUGUGCAGUACACAUUGGGAAUAACGUGUUUACGUCGUAUCUCAAGUUUGGAGUUACAGUUUUCAGACUGAUGUGAGUAAGGACUGCGUCAACAUCCGCGAAACUCUUCUUCUUUGUGUGCAUCCUUCCCUCAGGAUCUUUUUUUCUGUGGAUAAUGUGAAUGGCCGUCUGCUUUGUUGAGGAUUGACGUUUUUGCAAUAAGAAACGAUGGCACGUUUAGUAGUAAAAAUGUGUCUUUGCGCACUUUUCUUUGGACUUUUGUUGUUCAUGCUUCCAUCUGCACGAGCCGAAGAUGAUGUGGAGGAGGAGAGAUCAUGUCAGGGAGCCUUUGACUUGUAUUUUGUCCUGGACAAGUCAGGAAGUGUCAAACACCACUGGCAUGAAAUCUACAAUUUUGUCGAACAUUUGGCUGAGAAAUUCACCAGCCCUAUGCUGCGUAUGUCCUUCAUCGUGUUCUCAACCGGUGGAAACACAAUCAUGAGACUCACGGAAAACAGGGAGAACAUAAGAAAAGGCCUGAAUGCUCUGAGACGAGAGAUCCCAGGUGGAGAUACAUUUAUGCAUCUCGGUCUAGUUAAGGCGAAUGAGCAAAUACACCAGGAAAACUUUGGAACUGCAAGUGUCAUAAUUGCAUUGACAGACGGUGAGCUUCAAGAACAUCAGCUGAUAGCAGCUCAACAAGAGGCAGCACGAGCUCGGGCAUUGGGUGCAAUCGUGUAUUGUGUUGGAGUUAAGGACUUCAAUGAAACACAGCUGGCCACCAUAGCGGACACCAGUAAACACGUGUUUCCCGUCCUGGGAGGAUUCCAGGCGCUGAGAGGAAUGAUUGACUCGAUCAUCAAAAAAUCAUGCAUCGAGAUAUUGGCAGCGGAGCCAUCCAGCGUAUGUGCAGGAGAGUCGUUUCAAGUGGUGGUGAGAGGCAAUGGGUUUCGACACGCCAGAAACAUAGACCAGGUCCUGUGCAGCUUCAAAAUCAACGACACGCUCACGCUCAACGAGAAGCCUGCGAGCGUCGAGGACACGUUCCUGCUGUGUCCUGCUCCUGUUAUAGAUGAAGUUGGAAAGGUGGUGUACCUGCAAGUCAGCAUGAACGAGGGUCUGUCGUUUAUCACCAGCUCCGUUCACAUCACCACAACCGAGUGUUUCGACGGCACCAUCCUCCUGAUCACCCUGCUGGUGCUGUUUCUGUUGUUAGGUCUGCUCUUCAUGUGGUGGUUCUGGCCGCUCUGCUGCACCGUAGUGAUCAAGGAACCUCCACCUCCUCCACCUCCAGAGCCAGAGUCAGAUGAUGAGGAUGGGAUGCCAAAGAAGAAAUGGCCCACAGUGGACGCGUCGUAUUACGGCGGUCGAGGGGUCGGAGGAAUUAAACGAAUGGAGGUUCGCUGGGGAGGCAAGGGCUCUACAGAGGAGGGAGCAAAGCUGGAAAAACCCAAAAACGCUGUCAUAAAGAUGCCCGAGCAGGAGUUCGAACCCUUUGAACCCAAGCCCAAAAAAGCAAACAGGAAGCCAGUUCAAGACAGGAAGUGGUAUUCUCCCAUCAGGGGUAAAAUCGAUGCGAUCCUUGCUCUUUUCCGACGUGGAUAUGAUCAAGUUUCACUUAUGAGGCCCCAGCCGGGAGAUCAUGGUCGAUGUAUCAACUUUACACGAGUCAAAGAGGAGGCGGCGGCAGCAGCAGCGGCAGCCAAAGCUCCUCCACGAGCUCAAAGUCCACCUCCACCUCCACCAGACUACCAGACCGAUCCCAGCCCCAUCAGCUCCCCUCCAAACAGCCCGCCUCCGAGAGGACCGCCACUGCCCCAGCCUCCGCCGGGACCCCCGCCCGCCCGCGUCCCCCCAGGACCGCCCUGUCCCCCUCCGUCACGCGCCCCGCCAAGCCUCGCCAGCAGACCAUGAGAAACACAUCCAGCCUCCACCUCCAGUGCAAUUCAUCCUCACAGCCAAACUAAAUGCUCCUCUCUCCAAAAAACGCCCGGUAUUAUCAGUCAGGUUUGAUUAGGAUGUGGUGUGUAGUUUGUUGCUGGACAGCAAAAAAAAAAAGUAAGAAAAGCAAACUGUCGUGACAAAAAUUCAACUACUGAGUUUUCCAUACGCAGAUCAAGAGAGACCGUUUUCAGCUUUCUGCUCUUUUUUUUUUCUUGAGGCUGGACAGAUUAUUCCCGUUGCGUUCAUCAUGUACAGAGUAUUUUAAAGCACAUAUGAAUCCUAUGAGCUUUUGAUAUCAUGCCAAAAUGUCCAAAGUAACCAGUAUUAGAUGCUAUGUUAUAUUGUAAGUGCCUCUCUAAUAUUUAGAUUUUUUUGUAUUUUUUUUAUUCAGUGUUGAGUUGCAGAUUUUCCAACAGUUGUUGAGUUGCAGGUCCUCUCAGGUGAGUCUCUGAUCCUGUUCAAAAGAUCGAGUCGAUGCGACUGAAGGGGAAUAUCAUCGCACUGCUAAAUGUUGGAUGAGUGCAAGUGUUGAAUGCGUAAAGGCUGGGUUGGAUCGUUUCUUUUACUGUAGAUGCACGAUUAAUGUCUUAGUAUGUCACAAGGUCCUUCGUUUAGGUUCAGCUGAUGUGCAGGAAUUGGUUGCUGGAAAUUUGACAGAUUCUCGAAGGUGCAACAGAGGGAUUCAAGAAUGGGUUCAAUGGCUUUAUCUGCACUGAAAAAAAAUGGGAACCUAAAAAUUGACAUUUAAUGGUUUUGUUCAAAUCAUAAAAUAGAAUUUAGCAUUACUGAAUCAACCUAAAUUCAUGCAUUUAUAUCAACAAAACCUAUUGGUAUGGGUUAAAUCUGGUAAAAAUGGCCCUUUAAGGUAACAAUUGCAGGUUACCACUUUUUACAGUGUGCAUGGGUGAAUGUCAUGAAAACAUCUCACAUUUCACAAUAAAAUCGAAAGAAAUAAUAAAAAUAAAUAUUCCGUUUAGCACACUUAAACCCCAAAUUCUCAUUACUGUAAUGUAAAGCGUCAAGAUUGUUUUUUUUUUUAUUAUUAUUAUUAUUUUUAUUAGAUUAUCAGUAUAGUAAUACACUUCUCUAAAUUGCAUCAUGAUAUUUUAUUGUCAGCGUUUCGUAAUAAUGUUUGAGUAGUGUGUGUGAUUUAUUUUUAUUUUAUUCUUUUUAGUUUAUAUUUGACUUUUAUCCAACACCUAAAAAUGAUUGGAGUGUGUAAAACAAUAAUAAAUGUAAGAAAUAUGCAUGCAAAUAUUGUUGACACUCAAGAAACAAUAAAAAAGAUAACUGCAAUUCUUUAUCGCAAAACAUUUCAAUUGCAGAUUUGCAUCUCGCCAUUCAGACUUUUGUUUUCUCCGAAUUAUUUUUUU